UAUCCAUACAUAUCCCUUAGAUCCUCCGUCCCUACUCAGGAGUGAGAUAUGUCGUACAAAGAACAGGCAGGAUCCGUGACCCCUUCGGCGGGAUACGAUGCAUUCAUGCCAAGAAUGAGACUCUCCGUCCCGCGGGGCGAUCCCCCGAGUUUCAUUUCUUGCGUUCUCUUCUCCGUUCUUAUUUUAUUCUUUCCCUUUUUCUACGUUUUCUAUUUUAUUCUUUCUCCCCAUUUAAUGGAUAUUUUAUUUUAUUUUAUUUAAAUAAUGUAUGGGGUAGUGGGGAUGAUAUAGGUGGUUUCUUGAUUCCGGUCUUGGCGGGGCCGGAUGGGACGGGGCGGUUGGUU